UCACUAGCCUGCCAGGAGCGGCCUGGCCACGCCCACCUGUUGUGUCGCUCACCACAUUUUAGUUUCAGGAUUGUUGCGUCUGUUCACCUAUCUCAAAACUUGCUCUCUGGCUUCCUGGCGCCCAUUUUCCUUUCAGUCUGGUAACAUGACGGCGGCGCCUCUCACGCCAGACCCAACGCAUCCCCGUCGCAGAAGGAAGAGCUACACUUUCUUCUCCCUGGGCAUUUACGCUGAGGCCCUUCUGUUUCUGCUGUCUAGUUUAUCUGAUGCCUGUGAACCACCACCACCAUUUGAAGCUAUGGAACUCAAGGAUAAGCCUAAACCCCAUUAUGCGAUUGGAGAGAUAAUAGAAUAUACGUGUAAAAAAGGAUACCUAUAUCUGUCUCCAUACCCAAUGACUGCUAUCUGUCAGCCAAAUCACACAUGGGUCCCUAUUUCAGAUCAUGGUUGUAUUAAAGUUCAAUGUACUAUGUUACAGGACCCUUCGUUUGGCAAAGUACACUACAUAGAUGGUAGAUUUUCAUGGGGUGCUCGAGUUAAAUAUACUUGUAUGAAUGGUUAUUACAUGGUUGGUAUGUCAGUUCUACAGUGUGAGCUUAAUGGCAACGGUGAUGCAUUCUGGAAUGGCCAUCCCCCAAGUUGUAAAAAAGUCUAUUGUUUACCACCUCCAAAAAUAAAAAAUGGAACACACACCUUUACUGAUAUAAAAGUAUUCAAAUACCAUGAAGCAGUAAUUUACAGUUGUGAUCCUAACCCAGGGCCAGAUAAGUUUUCCCUUGUUGGACCGAGCAUGCUAUUCUGUGCUGGCCAUAACACCUGGAGUAGCGACCCUCCGGAGUGUAAAGUGGUAAAAUGUCCAUUUCCAGUGCUACAAAAUGGAAGACAGAUAUCAAGAACUGAAAAAAAAUUUUCCUACCAAGCACUAGUGCUGUUUCAGUGUUUGGAGGGAUUUUACAUGGAGGGCAGUAGCAUGGUGGUCUGUGGUGCUAAGAGCUCUUGGGAGCCCUCUAUCCCACAAUGUCUUAAAGGUCCUAAGCCUCAUUCUACCAAGCCUCCAGUUUACAGUGAAUCAGGAUAUCCUAGUCCCCGUGAAGGAAUAUUUGGCCAAGAAUUCGAUGCAUGGAUCAUUGCUUUGAUUGUUGUUACUUCAGUUGUUGGAGUUAUUGUAAUUUGUCUCAUCAUACUCAGGUGUUCUGAGUACAGGAAGAAAUGGUAAAUAUUCUAAAUUGUCAUCCACGCAACUGUUUUGUCUUUUGCCUUGCACACCCUCCUCUUCCAGGCCUGCCUGUAGUAAUUUGCCCUGCAAAUUGCAUUUCUUUUGCUAAAACAUGGUCGGCCAGUUUUACAUCUUUAAAGCAUAAGGAUCUGUAUGGAGUGGCUUUUUAAGCAGCUAUUAUCAGUACAAGAAAGUUUUCUAUGGGAUUUGAAAGUUUAAGCUGCUUAGUGAAACAAGAUUAUUAUAAAGCAUUCCCUAUUUUCUAAGUUCAAACGUGGCCAAAAUUAAAUUUGAAAUAUUUCACUGUGAUAUUUUUAUUUUGUAGUCACUGUGAUUUUUGUGAUAAAAGCUUACAUUUGUCUAACUUGGCUAGUGGUAAGCUAUGUAGGGGGUCUGAUUUUUUUUAAUAAUUUAGAGUUAUUUAUUAAUUUUAACCAGAGUGAUUAAGACUGCCACUAUUCAUGUUCCCUAAAUCGUUUGAAUAGUAACUCAUUCAUUAAUUAGUAUUAGAAAUAGCUGAAAGGCUAAAAUUAGAAUAAGGUGACUUUAUUUUUAAAGUAAAUAAAUUUAUUUUAAAAAUAAAUUUAAAUAAGCAAUCACUAAUAUAUGAAUAAAUUUCAUAUAAAUAGGUAGGUAGAUUGAGCUUUUACAAGUGAAGAAUAUACUUCUAUUGUAUAGCCCAAACUUGAUGAUUAAUUUAAAAGGAAACAUGAAACAGGGCACUCUAUUAUCUUUUAUCUGUGUUCUAUCUCUAUAAAGACUAAAACAAAGGAGGAUUAAAUCAGGAAAAAUUAAAAAUACAUAUACUUCAGAAGAAAUGGGGAUUUAGAGGAGAUGGGGGUAUUUAGGGUGGCAAGUCCCUAGGCAAAAACAGGGAGUUAAAUUAUUAAAAUUAAAUGUAGCAAAUUUACCUGUAAUGGAAGAUUUGGAAUAAAUCUUAGGACACAAAUUAUAUUAGUCCUUUGAAGUUUCUGAUAGGAUUUAAGUAAUUUCAUUUUUUUUGUCACUUUAAAAUAGCUCUGAAAUCAUUCCUAAUAAAUAAAAGACAUGUUUCAUGUUUCCUUUUAAGUUAAUUAUCAGGUUUGGACUAAAUAUUCUUCACUUGUAUAAAGCUCAAUCUUUUCAUUUAUUUAUUUUAAAAAUAAAAUGACUUUAUUCUAACUAACUUAAAUAAAAACAUCACAUAACUAGACAGUUGGUUUUUUUUUUUUGUCUACUUUAUUGGGUUCUUGUAUCUACCAUCCUCCCAACCCUUAUUCUACUCUAGUCCCUUUCAACUUCCCAACACUAAAUAGGAGAGAAAGGUUAGAGGGGAAAGGGUGCACAGACCUCGUUAAACUACUUCCUGCUGAUUAAGGGCUUGAGUUCCUUGGGGCAAAUCCAACCUAUGACAUCAGGAAACCAAUUUCUUCUUCUCCUCUUUGCUCAUGGCCACCUGACAAACUGCAGCAGCAGGAACCAGCAGCAGCCUCCUAAGAAAACCCCACCCACCUCAGGGAUCUCAAAUUUACACCCUCUCAAAAGUUCUCAGAAUUCCAAAUACCACACACUUGAAGAAACUGUCUGCAGCUGGCAAAACCAUCCCUUGCUAGUGCAGGAGGCAAAUCAUAAUCCCCUGCUGUGAAAUGGCCUCUUAUCCCACCUCAGGGCUCUCAGUGGUCUAACAGAAAAUUAAAUACCUAAAAAUGUUUUGGAAGGGGGGUUGGGGAUUUAGCUCAGUGGUAGAGCGCUUGCCUAGGAAGCGCAAGGCCCUGGGUUCGGUCCCCAGCUCCGAAAAAAAGAACCCAAAAAAAAAAAAAAUGUUUUGGAAGAUAAUUUGUCUUCAAACUGUAAUGUAGUCACUGUACAGAGUAGUGCAAUUAUAACGUUCCCAAGAAUGGUGUGGAAAGAGGUUAAUUGCCUCUUAAUGGCCACUGAGCUAAAAUAUAAAUUGUAUUGAUAGUCUUUUAAGAUAUAAUUUGCACCUUUUAAUGACAAGAUGCCAAUAUAACAUAUGGUGGUUAAAUUAAAAGUCUCCCCCAUACUUAUCAUGCAUAAGGCAUCAGUCUCCAGCACAGAGAGAAAGUAAAUCAGGAUGCUUGCCUUCAGAACACUGACGUCCACAUACGGGUGUGUGUGGGUCUCUUGUUUGUUCUCUGGGACUAUUUCCUGAUGUAGCUCUGGCUAGCCUCAAGCUUGUGAUAUCCUCCCGACUUGCCUCUCUAGUAGUAAUAUACCUGAGUCCCAAAGAAAGAGAUGCACUUCUUCUUUAACAUCCUGAACAAUAUCUCUGUAGACUCAUGAAUCAUCUGGAGAUCUGAUCUUUUGGUCUGGCGCAGGUCUGAGACCUACUGUUUAAUGCAUUCCCAAGGGUGCUGUAUGGUCUGCUGUAUAAAAUUAUCCAUUGUUGAAAAUUUAAAAAUUACUAUCAUGCCUUUUAUUUUCUUUUCUGAUAUUAAGAUCACUAAGUCUUUUUUUAUUUUUCUGUUUUUCUUUCUUUCUUUUUUUGAAAUAGGGUUUCACUGUGUAGCUCUGAGUAUCCUUGAACUCAUUUUGUAGACCUGCCUCUGCCUCCCAAGUGCUUGGAUUAAAGGGUGCACCACUACACUCAGCCAUAAUGUCUAUCUCUCUCUCUAUAUGUGUGUUUGUGUAUCUUUUAUUUGUAGAAGUGUUUUGUUUACAUGUAUGUAAAUGUACAUGCCUGGUGCACAAGGAGGCUAGAGUAGGGCACCAGAUCCCCUGGAACAGGAAUUACAGCCAGUUGUGAGCCACAACGUGGUUUGAGGAACCAGACCUAGAUUUCUCUACAAGAAUAAGUGCCUUUUACCACUCAGCCAUCUCUCCCACCCCUCAACAUCUCAUCUAUGUAUAACUUUUUCAAGAGUGGGUUAACAGUGACCUUUAUUUAACUUUUUUUGUGCUAUCUUCUUUAUAAGAUUUAUUUAUUUAUACGAGUACACUGUCACCAUCGUCAGACACACUAGAAGAGGAUAUUGGAUCCCAUUACAGAUGGUUGUGAGCCACCAUGUGAUUGCUGGGAAUUGAACUCAGGACCUCUGAAAGAGCAGUCAGUGCUCUUAACUGAUAAGGCAUCUCUCCAGCCCUUGUGCUAUUUUCUUAAUAGUAUUUAAUGUCUAUAAUCAAAGUGGCUUUCAUUUCCUCUAAGUUAUCAGGAAUAACAAAUUCAUCUUCUCCUAUGAUCUCACUUGACAACCAAUGCAGAUUGCUGUAAAUAAAUAUGUAGAUUUUCCACACAGAAAUCAGUCAGAUCUGCAGCAGACAACAGUUGGUGCUCUUUAUUUCCAUUCAGAUCUCCACAAUUCUCCCUUUUAGAUGUCAGUCCCAAGCUCAGUUAUUUUACCCACCAACUAUAAGGUACAGUCACCACAAUUAAUUUGCUAGAGUCACAGAACUCAAACCAGUUUGAACUACAGAGGAAAAUUGUAUGUCAGAGAAGGAGCAAAAAGACUCCAUGCCUUCAGAAGGAAUUACCCCUAGAAACCUUUCUUCCACCUAUCUGGAAUCUCCGAACCAGUCCUUUCUGCCCCUUCCCCUUUAAGUAAUCAUGAUUAAUUAGAUCAUUUAGGCUUCAGUUCUCUUUCUUGGAGGUUGGGCAGUAUGGUUGAAUGUCAAUCCUCAAGUACUGUCUAGAUCUUUUCUGAAGCUUCUGAAAGGUUACAACCAUAAAUCAGUUCAUUAGCACACAAAAAGGAUAUCACUUUGAAGAGUCUAAGGAUAUUGAAUUGUUGGGUACAGAAUAAUAAAGACCAAAUAUAUAUUUCACAGUACCACAUUGGUGGCUAACUUCUUACAUAAGACUAUAUAAAAUGUAUCUGUUUGGGGGGGGAUGACUGGAAGAAAGCAUAGAUGUUCUCUAAUUGCUGUUAAAGUAUGGUUUUACAAACUGGCUUUGAUAUUUGUGAUGUCUUGAGAACAUAAUGAUCCUUCUCCAGCCAUCAUCACAAACUACAGACAUUGUACAAGCAAUUCAUUUAAGUUUGUGAAAAAUAGCCCAAAGUAUCUUAUAGUAUUGGUUAUUGUCUUCUGGGUAUAAGAAAAGGAUAGAAUUUGGACUAGGGUGGUAUCUUCUCAGUAAACUAUUUGCCAUGUAAGCAUGAAGACCUGAGUUUAAUCCUUGGGAUCAACAUAAAAAGCCAGGUUGCUGGUCCAUGUUUUGUAAUCACAGCACCGGGAAUACAGAGUUAGAAAAACUUCAGGGCCUUGCUAUUCAGUUAGCCUAGUCUAUCGCAUAUACAAGAGAGUAAGUUAGGAUCACUGACAUGUCUUAAAUAAGUAUAGUUCACACACUUCUUUCCAUUUUUCUUUCCAGUCUUUGUUCACUUUCUCCUCUUGGAGGCAACACACUACUUGACAUUCAUCUUAAAAGUCUAUAUGCUUCUGAACAAGUGCUUUUUACUUAACUGUUUUCACUUGUAAAUUUUUUCAUCUAUGCAUUAUUUUCUUUACUCCAGCUAAGGUUUUUCUUUACUUACAUCCCAAGAGAGGUGAGAGUUAAUCCAUAAAUGAGUAUUGUCUUAGUCAGGGUUUCUACUCCUGCACAAACAUCAUGACCAAAAAGCAAGUUGGGGAGGAAAGGGUUUAUUAAGCUUACAUUUCUAUGCUGUUCAUCACCAAAGGAAGUCAGGACUGGAAUUCAAGCAGGUCAGGAAGCAGGAGCUGAUGCAGAAUCCAUGGGGAGAUGUUACUCACAGGCUUUCUUCCCCUAGCUUGCUCAGCUUGCUCUUAUAGAACCCAAGACUACCAGCCCAGGGACAGCACUGCCCACAAUGGACUGGGUCCUCCCACCUUGAUCCCUAGUUGAGAAAAUGCCUUACAGUUGGAUCUCAUGGAGGCAUUUCCACAACUGAAGCUCCUUUCUCUGUGAUAACUUCAGCUUGUGUCAAGUUGACACACAAAACCAGCCAGUACAAGUAUUAUUUGCAUAAUUCAUGUGUUUUGUUUUCCACAAUAGUAAUUUUCAUUGUUUUCUAUUAGUGAUGCUAAUAGAAUGCUAAGAUACUACUUGGUAUAACUUAAAUUAAUAUUGACUAAGUUAAUUAUUUUAUCACCUGUAAGUUUUCUGGCUUCAAAUGAGACAGCUUAAAAACUAUGGUCAGUACAGAUACCUGAGGAAUACCACAACACGGUGCAGAAAGGUCAAGAAUACAAUUAAUUUUAGCAUUUUUUUCCUACUUGACUCAAACUUAUGAGCUUUCAACAGACUGUUCUACUUUUUUUUGUACCAAAGAAUACAUAGGAAAAUAUUGUUAGGAAAAUAAUUGUUUAGAAAGCAUAUAACAAAAUUACUACUAACCCCACAAUUUAGAAGCCAUGCUGUAAGUUACAUAAGGAUCAUCCUGAACAUGAUUUUAAUCCCAGAAGUCAAGAGGCAGAGGCAGGCAGAUCUAAGGUUGAGGCCAGCCUCAUCUACAUAGUGAGUCCCAGACAAGGCUACAUAAUGAAACAGGAGCCCCACCCCCCCAAAAAGGAAAAGAAAGUAAAUAAAGAAAAAACUGUAUGGGAAAGAAAAAUGUACACCACAGAAAGAAAUUAUACUCAAUGCAAAGUCAAGAUAAAUAAAAAAUACUUGAUUUGUCAUAAAGUUGACUUACUACAUAAGAGAUUUACUAUAUAGCUUUUCUCCAAUAUUCAAAUUAUAUAAACCUGAACUGUUUUUCUUACAUAAUGUUGUUCCUCGAGUUUUUACAUCAUUUGUUUUGAACAGAGUAGUUGGGAAGUAAACAUUGAACAGCACUGUCAAAUGUGCUUAGCUGCUGGGAGGUAUGUGAUUUCAGGGUUAAUGUUAUAUACAUGACUGAGAAUCCUGAAAUUUUGGUCGAUAGGCCUGGAACUCACCUUCACUCAGUAACUCCUCAGACCUCUCUUUUGUCUUCCCCUAACACCUGCCCCUGCCCCUAUUCCUUCCCUGAUUUCAGGUCCCUCCCCUCUGCCUCCCUAUUUUUUCCCCCCUUCUAAGUGGGACUCCUGCUGUCAGCUGGAGCUCUGGAGGGAGGUCAUACUCAAGUAGAACAGAGCUUGACCUCCACCGGGUCCCAGCUCAGUCAGGCUCUGAGGAACUAGUGCUGAGAGAAAAAACUGCCACUCCUGAUUAAUUGCCCUUUCAAAGGUGUAUUUUAAACUUUUAUGCUUAGUAGCAUAGAGGGGCGAAGCAAACGUCACCUUGAGAAGACUGAAUACAAACUGUAACUGAGUGAAGGUGAACCCUGUUUUGAGUAUAAACACCUACGGUCACUCUGAGUGACACCCCAAUCUUUGUGCCCUCCAAGUGGCUACUUCAGGAAGAUAAUUCUUGAACAGAAGAACAAACAAACAAACAAAAAACAGAAAAACAAAACCACCCAGGAACUCGAUUAAGAAAAAUUGAAAUCUAUACUCAUUUUCACAUACUUAAAAAAAGAAAAAAGGUAGCAAUUGUACCUAUGCGUGGUGCUACACUUAAAAUCACAGCAUUUAAAAAAUAGACAAAAAGAUAACAAGAAAAAUAUACUAAUUGUUUAAAGACAAAAAAUGGCUUUACUAUUUUUAAACUUAAUUUAAAAUAUUUUCGAUCAAAUAUUUUAUUUUUAAAAUAAAUUUACCUUUAUAGCUUGCUCUGCUUCAAAUUUAACCUUCAUCUUAGCAUUUAUAUUUGACACGUCUAUAUGAAUAUUUUUAUUUUUGCCAAAUACUUUGUCAGUUAUAUAAAUGUGAGGAAAAGUGCUUUUUUAAAAACGAUUGUCUAAAUGGCAGAGAAAGGGGCACAUUUUAACGUAAAGUGUCUUUUAACUACAGAAAUGUAUCUGCAGCAAGAUGAAAAAUCCCACGUGUGGAAGUCAUUACUGUUCCAUUUUUGAAAACUGGUUCUUCAAGUCUGCAAAAGCAAAAUUAUAUAUUUGCAGGAGCUUCA